GAACAGCACAAAGGAUAUUGAUGCUAAUCUCUUAGCAGUACUUCCCAAAGUUUCAGAAUUAAGAAAACUCUUUGAACCAAACAACCAAGAUUUUUUGGAAAUGAAAAGAAAAGAAAGAAUAGCUAGGCGCUUAGAGGGAAUUGAGAAUGAUACACAGCCUAUGCUCCUACAAAACUGCCCAGGAUCAGUCACACACCGUUUGCUAGAGGAAGAUACACCAAGAUAUAUGCGAGCAACUGACCCAUACAGCCCCCACCUAGGAAGAUCAAAUGAGGAGGAGGAAACUUCAGAUUCUUCAGUAGAGAAACACCCCAGAUCGUCCAGAUACCGAUCAGAAACCACGGGAGGUAAUACAGAGCCCUUGUACAGUACAGCAAACAUGGAUAUCCAGGAACUAGAGUCAAAAGCAGAGAGAAUAGCUAGGUACAAGGCAGAGAGGCGACGCCAGCUGGCAGAAAAGUAUGGAUUAGCCCUUGAGUCUGAUUUGGAUUCUGACUACUCAUCCAGAUAUACACGGGCAAGGAAAGAUCCUGACAGCGUGGAAAGAAAGGGAGUGAAAAGUGAAAGGCAAGAUGAUGAAAACAAGGACUAUGGCACCCUCUAUUUUUCCAGGACUGAGACAAAGUCAUCAAAGAGUGUGAUUUCUGAUUCCAAAGAGUACUCCAGCCGUGAAGAUAAAGAUGACCUCUCAAAUGAAAAGGGUGUUAGAAAAGCAGAUGACAGUGCCAUUAGACAGGCUUCUGAGCCUUCAGCAACCUUGGAUAGCUCUGUCUCCCUUUCCCUUUCUGGACGAGACUCUUCCUGCUAUAACGAAGUGCCAAUGCCACCAAAGCAAGGCCCCCGAGAGUCCCUCUCCUCACCCAAGCGGGCAGCCUCACCCACCCACUUGCAGAAUGACCAGCCCUUGCACAGUAACAGCAGACAAAGAGUAAAAGUUAGAGAGAAAUUGGUGAAAGAGGAAAGUGCUCGUGGAAGCCCUGAACUUGUCACAGACACAGUAUCUCAGAGAAAAUCCCAUCCAGUGCCAGCCCACUACAUGCCUCUUCAGACAGAAACGUCUGCCUUUGAUAGGGUUCAAAAUCAGCCCGUCAGUUCCGUCCGCCAGCCAAUCCAUGGCUAUAUCCAGCCUGCUGGCAUUGCUCACACAGCUCAGCUGAUGGCAGCAGAAGAACCAGCAAACAGCCCUGCUGGCAGCCUCCUCCCCUCAGACACAAAGCCCUCAGCUGCCACUGCCUCGGAGAGCGAAAAGAAGGAAGCACCCGGUUACGGAGCAAAACCUGCUGGAGAAGAUUCCUUGGAGGAGGAACAGGCUUCCAAAGGCAGAAGGCCCAUUCUGCCAUCUGAGAUUCGCAAGCAAGGGAAGAACCACGAAGGCCUCUUUGGCGGAGGAGAGUUGGAGACCCCUGUAGGGAGCUCCUCCUUUGCAAGCAAGCCGAAAGUUAACUCAGAAGUUCAGAGGGAGUUGGAAUGCAAUAAGAGGCAGGCCCCAGAGCAGCAGUAUAAGACCCCUGAGAACGUAGAAAGGAGUGAAGCUGUCAUGUACAUACAGAGCGGAUCUGUGCUGCAGCCUGACAAGGCAAAGGCUCCUGUUUGGAAAGUGUCAACAAAGCAUAAGGUCCUGACUCGCUCCAUGUCUGACUAUACUGUGACUACUAAGCUAGAACCUUUUAAAAGUAAGGAGAGCAUGGAAGCAAAUCCACCAAAUGGUGAGAUUGGCAUGGUUGACACAAAAGUCUCUGUUGCCCAGCUCCGUAAUGUCUUUCUGGAGUCUGCUAAUGCCAACAAGAAAACGGAACUUGAGUCUCGGUUUGAGAUGUCGGCAGCAGGUAGUACUGUGUCUGCCAAUGGGGACCGUGGGCCACGAAAGGCGAGGCGCUAUUUUACUCCUGGUGAAAAUAGAAAGACUUCUGAGAGAUUUAAAACUCAACCUAUAACAUCAGCAGAACGAAAGGAGACAGAUAGGUCAAUUUUGUAUGCAGAAAUACCAACUGCUGACGAUGAAGAAAAAUUGGAUGACCGAGCUAAAUUAAGUGUAGCUGCAAAGAGACUCCUUUUUAGAGAAAUGGAAAAAUCAUUUGAAAUGAAAAAUAUUCCCAAACCACCUAGCAGAAGCUCGGCAGUGGAGCGGAGGCUGCGGCGCUUGCAGGACAGGUCUCACACCCAGCCCAUCACCAGUGAGGAGGUGGUCAUUGCAGCCACCUUGCAGGCAUCAGCACACCAAAAAAUUUUAGCUAAAGAGGAGAUAAGAGCAGCCAAAGAGGCGAUGGGGCAAGAUCAGUCUGAGGAACCAGAUUCUUCCACCUUAAGCUUGGCAGAAAAGAUGGCUUUGUUUAACAAACUGUCUCAGCCAGUAUCCAGGGCCAUCUCCACAAGGAAUCGGGGAGAUCUGAGGCACAGGAGGAUGAAUGCUCGUUACCAGACUCAGCCAGUCACCCUGGGAGAGGUUGAGCAGGUCCAGAGUGAAAGUGGAAAGAUUGCUCCGCUGUCAUCUGCAGUUGCAACAUCGAUUUCAGCCAUGGCCACUGCCCUGGCUCCCUUGUUUGGGGACCUGCCUGGGAAGCCGGGCACCGAUGGCAGAGGGAGCGCUGCCACCAGGUUCCACCCUGCAGCAGAAAACUUGGACUCAUCAGGAAAGCACACACACAAGUCAGAGCAGUGGCAGCCCUCCAUGGAAGCACUAGAAAGCAGAAAAGCAUCAAAGAAACAUGAAGAAGAAAGAAAGAGGUUUCUAGCGCAUGAAGCUAAUGAAAUUAAAAAGUACAGCUCCUUUGAGGAUGAGACCGCACAUCCUGUUCCUGAAAAAACAGGAGACCACCAUAAAGAGACAACAUACAGCUUCCUGAGGAAGGGCAGCUUGGAACUGUUUGGUUCACAAGCACUUUUUCAGCCUCUGGAGCAGAAGGAAAUCGAUACUGGCAUUCAAGACCACGCUGAACCUUCUUCUGAACUCACCAGCACAUCAGCCAUGAGGACAGUUUCACAAACAGCAGCUGCAGCAUCCUGUAGACUGCAGGAGCUCUCUGAACAAUUGGAAGGCAAAUUUUAUAAGAAUUCCUGUGAGAUGUUUUCCAUGGGAGAGAGCAAAGCACAAACAGCUGAGGAUGUCCUCGAUAAUGCCAGCAAAACUAUGUCAAUUAAGGAAAGGUUGGCAUUGCUGAAGAAGAGUGGUGAAGAAGAUUGGAAGAGCAGGCUCAGCAAAAAGCAGGAGUAUGCAAAAGUGGCCGUCGCUGAUCGCAGUGCGCAGAUGCAAGAGGUUGAGCAGCUGUUGAAGAAGCAAAGAAUGGCAGAUAACCAGGAGAGUCAGAUGACCAUUGAGGAGAGGAAACACCUGAUUACAGCUCGAGAAGAAGCCUGGAAGUCCAAGGGGAAAGGAGCAGCCAAUGACUCCACACAGUUCACUGUGGCUGGCCGAAUGGUAAAAAAAGGCCUGGCUUCUCCAAGUGCACUAACACCAGCAGCAUCCCCUUUCCGGCAGAAGUCUACCACUCCAGUUACAAAGCCCUUGGAAGAAAUUGAAGCCAGGCCUGACAUGCAGUUGGAAUCAGAUAUGAAGCUUGACAAGUUGGAGUCAUUCCUGGGAAGGCUGAAUAACAAAGUUGCUGGGAUGCAAGAGACAGUGCUGACAGUUACAGGAAGAUCUGUGAAAGAGGUGAUGAAGCUGGAUGAUGAUGAAACAUUUUCCAAAUUUUAUCGCCAUGUGGAUUUCCCUUCCUCCUCAGUGCCUUUGGACUUUGAUGAGGACUUCGAUGCCAUCUUUGAUCCUUAUGCACCAAAGUUGACAUCUUCUGUAGCAGAGCACAAACGUGCAGUUAGGCCCACACGCAGAGUCCAGUCCUCAAGAAACCCCCUGAAAAUGCUUGCAGCAAGACAAGAUAUCCUUCAUGAAUAUACUGAACAAAGACUGAAUGUUGCCUUUAUGGAGUCAAAACGAAUGAAAGUAGAAAAAAUGUCUACAAAUUCAAAUUUCUCAGAAGUAGCACUUGCUGGCCUGGCAAGCAAAGAGAACUUCAGCAACAUUAGCCUGCGGAGUGUUAAUCUAACAGAGCAGAACUCUAACAACAGUGCUGUGCCAUACAAGAAGCUAAUGCUCCUGCAAAUUAAAGGAAGAAGACAUGUUCAAACAAGAUUAGUUGAACCAAGAGCCUCAUCACUGAACAGCGGAGACUGUUUCCUGUUGUUAACUCCACAUUUAUGUUUCUUGUGGGUAGGAGAGUUUGCAAAUGUCAUAGAAAAAGCAAAGGCUUCAGAACUUGCAACUUUAAUUCAGACAAAGAGGGAACUUGGCUGUAGAGCUUCUUAUAUACAGACUAUAGAAGAAGGAAUAAAUACCCAUACCCACGCAGCCAAAGACUUCUGGAAACUCCUUGGUGGACAGACAAAUUACCAGUCCGCUGGAAGUCCUGAAGAAGAUGAAAUGUACGAAGCCGCAAUAAUAGAAACAAAUUGCAUUUACCGCCUUGUAGAGGAUAAACUCAUUCCUGAGGAUGACUACUGGGGAAAGGUGCCAAAAUGUACCCUGCUACAACCAAAAGAGGUGCUGGUGUUUGAUUUUGGCAGUGAAGUAUAUGUAUGGCAUGGAAAAGAAGUUACUUUAGCACAAAGAAAAGUGGCAUUCCAGCUGGCAAAACACUUGUGGAAUGGCACCUUUGACUACUCCAAUUGUGAUAUCAAUCCUCUAGACCCCGGAGAAUGCAAUCCCCUCAUACCCAGAAAGGGACAAGGACGCCCAGACUGGGCUGUGUUUGGCAGACUCACAGAACAUAACGAGACGAUACUGUUCAAAGAAAAAUUUCUUGAUUGGACAGAACUGAAGAAACUCAAUGAGAAGAAUUCUAGUGAAUCCCUUCACCAGAAGGAAGAAUCCAGAUCUGACUCUAAACCAUAUGAUGUCAUGCUAAUGGUAGCUGUGCCUCAAACAACUGUAGGCACAGUCUUGGAUGGAAUGAAUAUUGGCCGGGGUUAUGGACUGGUAGAAGGAGAAGAUGGGAGGCAGUUUGAAAUUAUCACUGCCUCUGUGGAUGUCUGGCAUAUCCUGGAAUUCGAUUAUAGUAGACUGCCUAAGCAAAGCAUAGGGCAGUUCCAUGAGGGAGACACAUACGUGGUGAAGUGGAAGUACAUGGUGAGCACUACAGUUGGAAGCAGACAAAAAGGAGAGCAACAAGUACGGGCUGUUGGAAAAGAGAAAUGUGUGUAUUUCUUUUGGCAAGGAAGGCACUCCACAGUGAGUGAGAAAGGAACAUCAGCUCUCAUGACAGUGGAACUUGAUGAAGAGAGAGGAGCACAGGUACAAGUCCUUCAAGGGAAAGAACCACCGUGCUUCUUGCAGUGUUUCCAAGGAGGGAUGAUUGUGCAUGCUGGAAGAAGGGAAGAGGAAGAAGAAAAUGCACAAAGUGAUUGGAGGCUUUAUUGCGUGCGAGGAGAAGUUCCCAAUGAAGGAAACUUACUUGAAGUAGCAUGUCACUGCAGCAGCCUGCGUUCCAGGACAUCCAUGAUUGUCCUCAAUAUCAACAAAGCUCUCAUCUACCUGUGGCAUGGCUGCAAAGCACAGGCUCACACCAAGGAUGUAGGAAGAACAGCAGCCAAUAAAAUAAAAGAACAGUGUCCACUGGAGGCAGGGCUGCACAGCAGCAGCAAGGUGACGAUUCAUGAAUGUGAUGAAGGAUCAGAGCCCUUGGGAUUCUGGGACGCCUUGGGGAGGAGAGAUCGGAAGGCCUAUGACUGCAUGUUGCAAGAUCCUGGAAAGUUUAAUUUCACACCCCGCCUGUUCAGCCUCAGUAGUUCAUCAGGAGAAUUCUCAGCCACUGAGUAUGUUUACCCUUCAAGAGACCCUGCUGUCAUCAAUUCCAUGCCAUUCUUGCAAGAGGAUCUUUACACUGCCCCACAGCCAGCACUCUUCCUUGUUGACAAUCACCAUGAAGUGUACCUGUGGCAAGGCUGGUGGCCUGUGGAGAACAAAAUCACUGGAUCAGCUCGAAUCAGGUGGGCUACAGACAGGAAAUGCGCCAUGGAGACGGUGCUGCGGUACUGCAAAGGAAAAAAUGUGAAGAAGCCCCCCAAAUCCUAUUUAAUUCAUGCUGGCCUAGAGCCUCUGACAUUCACUAACAUGUUCCCAAGUUGGGAGCACAGGGAAGACAUCGCAGAGAUCACAGAAAUGGACGCUGAGGUUUCUAAUCAGAUAAUACUCGUAGAGGACGUGCUGGCCAAGCUGUGUAAAACAGUGUAUCCAUUAGCAGAUCUCUUAGCUAGGCCUCUGCCUGAGGGAGUUGAUCCACUGAAGCUUGAAAUUUACCUUUCAGAUAAGGACUUUGAGGUUGCAUUAGAGAUGACAAGAGAGGAGUACAAUGCACUGCCAUCUUGGAAGCAAGUUAACCUGAAGAAGGCAAAAGGACUUUUCUGAGCUGGGUUUAUGGAAGUGAGCACUAAAGGGAUGUCCACUCUCACUUUCUAUGUCCUUUAGAAGAAUUGUACCCUACAUUUACAGAACAAAUAAAAAUAAUCUGAAGUUAUUAGUGACUACCUAUCUGGAGGUGUGUAAUAUUAUAAUAAAAGGCCAAGAGAACUCUUUGAAAAUGGAAUUCAAUUUUGACUCUUAAAGGUAAUGUUUUUAAGCUCCGUUCUCCUAUGCACUUAAACAGUAGUUUCUUGAGCUACUGCUGCAGGUGUCCUUUGGCUAUAUCCAAUACUUGCCAUUUUUGUUUUUAAAGAAGUUCUCUUUGUAAAGUGUUAUUUUGUUAGUUUGUGGAUUACAAAGAAUUUAUAUUUAUAUAAACACAUAGAACAAGUAUGUAUUUAACAAUGCAAUAUGUAUUCACUUUCAAGACUUCCAUGUCAAAACUCCAGAAAAGUAGCUGGAUGGCAGUUGCUUGUACUGAAUUAGCUAUACCACCAAUAUGUAUCUCCUUUGCAUUCUGAAAAGUUUCUCUUUGCAAUAGUUAAUGAAUUGUUCUCAGUGCUGCUUCAGGUGCUAAACUGAACAAAGCAUUUGUAUUUAUAGCAUGGAUUUCUUGAGAAACUAUGCGAAUCAACCUUUAUACUUUAUUAUCCAAAAAUGUAUAGUGCCUUGUUUUUUGUGUACAGUUUAUAUACAAAAAAAAAAGAUUGGUCUGCAUUUUGAAGAUGGCUUAGAAUGGUCUCCUAUGUUACUUUUAUAAUAGUAGAAAUAAAAACAUCUCAAUUUCUAAUCCUUGUUGUAAACAUUAAACAUGUCUUUUGUGAUAUAAGAACCGAAAGUAAAAGCUUCUGAAUAAACUCUUAGCGAUGCUCUGACUUGUCAUUAAUUUGUACUGUAAUCUGUACUAGCAUUGGAACCUCCCAUAACAUAGUAUUUUCUCAAAAUAUUUUAACCUUUGAUGUCUGUGGGUAUUGUACAGAGUUAUAAUUUGAGAAGCAGAUAAUGUAGAAAAUAAUCAAUGUAUGAGAUAAAGUUGGGCAAAACUUUAAUGCUGAAUGUUGGAACCUGUCAGUCACACAACUCUGUAUUCUUUGGGUUUCCCUGUUUUAUAUAUGAAACCAAAAUUAUUAUGCUGGUUUUCAAAAUUUGAAAAAAUCUUUUCAACCUUUGUGCAAUUGGGAGUAAAAUUUGAAUUGAAAAUGA